AUGGCCUCACGGUCGCGAAGGGAUAUUGUGCGACGUCCCUGCGACCGCUGUCGCCAGCGCAAAUCACGAUGUGUUCGAGAUGCCGGGAAAGACAACUGCACCUCAUGUGAGUUGCAUAAUCUAGGAUGCACCUUUCUCCAUGGCCCACAACCACGGACACGGGCCACAAGAGAACCCGAUAUCUCCGAAUGGCCUGACAGGUUGGUGCUGAAUGGCGAGUCGCCCACGACUGUCUCUUCAACGGUAGAAUCUCCCAGGAGCCAUUCCAAAUUCGAUUCCGCCAACUCUUUGUUGAAUGGCACGCUAGGCCUCGACCUGCACCGCUAUUCAGAAUACAUCGGCCCUGCAAGCUUUCAUGAACCUACACUGCUUGACCUCAAACCCUCCACGGUCUCUCCCGGCAGAACAGCAAGAUUGUGCCCACGAAGAGUCAGUGGGACUACCUCGUUCAUCAUCCAUCCCGAUGAUGACGCCGCCUCACAGUCGCAGUACUGGGCGGACCUGGAUCAAAUUGAGAGUUGCGUUCGGCCGCUAGGUCCAACUCUCGUGAAUCUUUACUUUCAGCUAGUGCAUCGAACAUUCCCAAUUUUGGACAAAAGUGUAUUUCUGGAGAAAUACGCAAAGUCAUACCGCAAUUUCUCUCCGCCAUUGCUCGCUUCUGUCUACCUCAUCGCAUUAGAAUGGAGGUUUUUUGACAGGCGAUUGGCCAACCUGACACAAGUGCCGGAUGCAGUUCGUUUGGAAAAAUUCGCCAUGCGAACGAUAGACGACGCACGAAAGCAACCCAAAAUUUCCACUUUACAGGCAGGCUUGCUCUUGCUGCAGCGGAGAGAUUCAUCCCGCAUUGAUGCACUCCCGGCGCAGCUGAUUUCCAUGGGACAUACACUCGGUAUUCACGUCGACUGUAGCGACUGGACGAUACCGGAAUGGGAGAAAUGUUUGCGACGACGCCUAGCCUGGGCUCUAUUUAUACAAGACAAAUGGGGCACUCUGGUCUAUGGUCGACCAUCACUGCUCCCAAUAGAAAUUGACGGAGAUGACCACAUGAGUGACUGGGCAGUCUGUCCAUGUACUGUCCACGACUUUCCCGAAGCUACAGGUGGAGAUGAUGAAUUUGGCGUCGUGAAUGGCGCUGCGGGUCGAGACGCUUUUCUUCAGUCUAUAGAGUUGGCCAAGAUAUUCAGCCGCAUCACGGCGACAUUUUGCUCUACAGGGGCAACCCGCAAGGGAGGUUUACUGGAUCGCAUUGGAGCAUCGGGAGCACUCGAGUUAGCCAAGCCGCUCGCUCUGCAAUUGCGAGCCUGGCACGCAGCACUGCCGCCUAGCCUCCAACUGGAUUCAACGCCUUCUUUGAGAUUGUCCACUAAUGGCGCAUUGCAUCUGUCACAUGCGGCUGCAGAGCUCAUGAUACAUCGUGCAUUACUUCGAAUCCUUUCUCCUCAUGAUUCUUCCAGCCUCAUCGCGGCCGUUCGGGGAGCAGCUCGAGCGCGCCUGGUAUCCGCUAUCAAUCUGAUUGGAGCUUUCCAGUUAGAGCACCUACAGUCUUUCUGGGGCUUCGCAGCGGCAUCACAAGUGACUUUGAUUGGAGCCCUCGCCGGUCUGUUAUGGACGACGAGUGUCGAUGCUGACGAGGCAUCCGAGUACCUCAGGCACUUGGAGAAGCUUCGCUGGAAUCUUCAAGUCUGGGCAUCAGCCAUUCCAUUUGCUCGUGAGGCGCUCCGAAUGCUUGAUGAGGAGAUCGGUGACCUAAGUACAGCGGAUUUGAGCGCCAAUGUUCAAAUAUAG